UUUUCUUUUUUGUUCUAACACCCAUUUCUUUUUUUACUUGAAUUGAAAAACUUAAACAUCGGUAUAGGGAAAAUAAGAGAUAACCAUGGAAAAAUUGAAAGAUGUAUUGUUAAUACCAACUCUUUUUUAAGUGGAAUUGACGCAACCGGAAUUUAUUUUCAUUCAACAGAUAAAUCGAGAAUAACGCCAAGCUUUAUAAGAAUACUCUGGUCUUUGUAUUACUUCUACGAAACAAUGAAGCCGAUAUCAAACCUUCCCCGGAUCACAAUAUUCCUAACCGUUAUGCAAAUGCUUUCGGUCGAACGACGCUCCUUAGCAUUUCAAUCAUACAAUGAUUUCGAAUCCAUCGUCGCAUUGCCAACUGGUCCCACGAGAGCGUUCAACCCCACCACCGGAGAUGUCGAGCCGGGCCAGCCCAGUUAUUUCCGCUUCUCCCAGCAUCGACAUUUACGGAACAAUGUUCAAACGAAUGAAUUCUAUAGAGUCAGUAUGAACGCGACGCUUGUGCCAUGCAACAAGGAGGACAGCCAUCAUCGACCUUCGACAGCAGAUUCUGCAGAUGCAGCAUCUUCCGUUAUGUUCGAUGAUGCAUUAGCAGAUUGUCAGCAUAGAAUUAAAUCGAAAAUUUAUAUCGAACCGUCAUCCAAAGAUGCUGAUAGUCGUAAAUGGGAGGAACUUGAUGACUCCAUUGGACAACAAUAUUGGGGGCACCUAGCAAGUGACGCUCACAAAAUAAACGAGAUGCAUUUCCACUUCCUCUUGGAUGAGGUAUUUUUGCCGGAACAAGGCAUCUAUGCCCAACUGAAUGAACCUUUUGUUUUCAAUGUGACGCUAGAUGCGACCUAUGGUGUGUACGCACUGGACAAAGUUAGGACAACGAACUGUUACAUCACCGAACAGGAUGUCAAGCUUCCGGCUCAGACAACGUGUAAUCGACAGGAACGGAAUGAGAAUGGACAAAUUCCUGACGAAAUCAACGAACGACGACGGGUUGCAUCCAAUGAUCAACACAAUAAUAAUCUCUACUAUAAGAGAUCCAAGCAGGAUUCGAUGGGCGACGGAGACGACGGCGGAAACGAAGAUGCUUUACUAUCGCUACCGAAAGUUUCCGGAAGCGCUGAUUCGUGGAAUAGCAAUAAUCGAGACGAGCAAUCACUUCACCCGGAAAUCAAUUUGUUCCAGCAGCGACACACUGUUCACAUUAACUCAAAUUUGAUGGCACCCACCGCAGCUGCCGCUACUCAUCAGCGUUUUAUGCCUCAGUGGAGAAGCCUAUUACGAGCUCUUCGCCCCAAGAUGGAAAGUCAUCAACCGCAGCAGCCCAGAGUCUCAUGGGAAGGCAGAUCCGAUGAUGACUACUUCUACCAUUACGAUCGCUAUCCCGAUUAUCCCAGACACCACACAAAUCCUGGCGAGUUUCGUUCAAUAAUCAAUAAUAACCCCGGCCGGCUUCAGGUGCCAUCGGAUGAAGUCUUCAAUUUCCGAGAAAAACCAUCACAUCCAUUACCGGUAGCGGCAAUAAGAGGAAACAAUGCGUAUCGCUAUUACCAGCAGCAGCAGCAGCAUUUUUUCGCUGGUCCGGUUUUUUACGGCCAUCUGGAAAAUAUCGGGCAUCAUCUCGAUACGGACGCCGGCGCCAGUAAUGAACAGAAUGUCGGUCAACCGGACAUAAAAAACGUAGACCAAGAGGCUGACCCUUACCUUCAACCAAACUUGAGAAGCCCAAGUUUUGAAGCGAAAAGUGAAUAUAGCUUUGAUAAACAGGAAAAAGUUUCCCAUGACACCGAGAGCACGAUGAAAUGGAAAAGGUACACGCUGUACAGAGUAAGAAAGCCACUUAUAGCGUUAGAGUAUCCUUCAACCAUAAGCAUCGUUAGGGAGCUGUCAAAUUCAGCCCAGCGGAACAAUGAUGCGGUCAUCGUCGGCUCAACGAGACUAACCAGCAAAUGCAGUACCUUCACGAACCAGUUCAGCCAUAUCCGACUUGAAACCGAUGGUGGAUCCAAAUUUUCAAAUGACACCACAAGUCGCCAUUUUUCGAAGGCCGAUCAUCUGUUCUCGAAUGCCUCGUCAAACGGCAACCGUUCGGACGGAUUUAAUCCCGUCGAGUUAAUAAUUAUUGAUCCAAAUAGACCUUUGACGAAAUUCCUUCCGGAGCCAUCACGUGUUCUACAGGAGGAACGACCCGACCGACGUGCGGUAGAACAAAGACCGUCCAUAAAUUGGGUUAACUUUCAUGAAAGCGAAAACCGUGGGAUUGGAAAAUUAGAUAAGCUGCAGCCGCCGCUAGUCCAACAGGAGCAGCAACAUCAGCACCAGAGUCCGCCGGCUGCUAUACUGAUAUCAAACGACGUCAGCUUACGUGAUGAAUUGGAUUUCGGUUCGAUACGGGACGACGUAUUCACGGCACCAUCCCCUAUGGCCGGCAGUAGCAGUGCAGAUGAACUUCAUAAUUCAUUCAGCAUACAGAAUCGUCAUUUAAUUUGUCCGGAUUUGGACAUCGCUGGUGGAAAAUUCACCGUCCAAAGCGUGAGCCAAUUUUACGGCAGUUCAUUAGCCCGGUUGGGUGAGUGCGGUGCGGGGAUCUGUCUACAAGCUCCGAUUGCUGUGAGUGCAGCUUACAGGUACACAAUACAGUUGGCAUAUUCUGUGAACCAAAUCGUGCUUCCAGAUCCGGGUGCACCGGCAGCGAAUGGCUUGAACAUUAAAAUCGUAAAAGUUGUUACCAGCUUCCAAGGACCGCUGGUCCAGCAGUCGAGUAGUGACCCGGCCAGCUUGUUAGAACCAGUCCGCUACGGCCACCCGCAACGUCGUUAUCGUCGGCCACGCCGGAAGUUGGAAAACUUUCAAUGGCGAAAAGGCCACAGCAAACUGGUCCUGGAGCUGGCACUGAUGAACGUGAAUCCCAACCCCGGGCAGCAACAUCGUCGCGAAUUAGCGCUGGUAAAUAUUGACAUAAACUGUUUGUUACUGCUGAGUUCGAUCGUUGCCGGGGACCCCAAACGAUACGGAUAUGGACACCGUGUUUGGCUUCGACCGCAGCAACUUCAAACCGUUCGGAUGCACUUUCCGAUCGAUGGCAAAGCGGUUUUGACACACCGGGAGCAGUUCGAGUGCCAAGCAUUCGCCAGUCUGAUCGCCAAGUACAGCCCCGAAACCAGCGGAAUGCAAAUUCAGCCAUCAAUGUUGCCACAAACCGCCCAGGUCAAGCGGAAGUUUUUAAUUAAACCUGGAGGCCGGUGUGUGUGCUCGGAUUUUUUCUGUAAAUGUGCUUGCCUACUCGGGCUUGCAACUUUGGUAGCCCCGGUGACGACCGCUGCUGACGCGAAAGCACCCGGAGCAGCCGACGAUGGAAAUUGCAGAAUGAUAAACGUCACCAGUGGUGCAGGAAAUGCAGGCCAUACAGAAUCUUUUUUCUAUGGAAUUUUGAUUAUAAUUCUACUGCUGGUUGGCGUGCUGCUGGCUUUGGGAUGUGCGAAAGCAUUUUGUGGAUGUUUUUAUGAGAGCAUUGGAAAAUGGCGAUACGAUUACCUGCAACCGACGGUGGAAUAUCGGGACUCCUCUCGAUGUCGAAGAUUUCUGAUGAAUACAAUUUUCUUUGUGGUUUAUCCGUGUGUGCUCUGCUGCCAUUACUUCGACAGAAGUAACAUCCUUCCGGAUGAAAGUAAUGAUAGGCUGCUGCAGCAGCAAGGAUUGCUGGCUGGAACAUCACUGGUGCAGAAACGAAUGUCAUACUCAGUGACUAGCAAUGAUGAAUGGGACCACGACAAAAUGGGCGAUGGGUGGGAAAACAGUGGUAGGCAGUGCCGAGCAGAUAAACUAUGGGAUAGUAGAACCCGGACGGUCGAUUCCAGUGACGACGAACUCACACGGCUGGUGUGGGAAAUUCAAUCGGCUGAGGUUGGCGGGGCAGGUAGUAGCGAUGGCUACAGCAACACCGAAGAUGAAGCAAAAGAUACAUCAUUUGUGCUGAAAGCUAUGGAUAAGAGCCGGAGGUCUUUGCAAACGUUAAACGAGAUUGCAAUCGCCAAGGAUGGAAGCGACGACUGUGGAACGGAACAGGAACAAGAGGCGGCCGAUAUAAUGGUACGGGAAUUACUGGACGCAAAAAUUGUGUAUCGCCGCUUGACAGGACCAUGUGGCCAAGCUUUGGUGUCCGAUGGACAAUCGUACUCGGUUCAGGGAUACUUCAUAGGCCUCAGUGAUACACGAUAUCAAUUUUUCACGCAUGCCACAGUGAAACAAUUUUGGGAAUUGAAAAAAGACCCACAGCAAAUUGUGUUUAAAGUUAAAAUGUCACCGAAGACGUUGGUUGGAAGAUGUUUUGCCAAAACCUACCGGUCAAAAUUGGAAGUUUCUGUACGUGUGUGUAUGUACAACUUCUCAAUCUCACCCGAUUUUCUCAGAGAUGGCUGGACCGAUUUUCACAAAAUUAUUCUCAAAUAAAAAUUCUAGUUGCCUUAUAAAACCCUAUUCAAUUUUAUUGUAAUCGGAUUGUUAGUUUUCUUGUUAUUCCUUCAGAAUGUGCAAAUCACGAAAGUUCAUUAUCUCAGGAACUACACAACCUAUUUGAACAACAUUGGUUUCAAAUGAACGGGCUACCUAAAAAUCCCUUAACUUUCAAUUUUAUGAAGAUUGAACAUGUGGUUCAAAAGUAAUGAAAAGAAACGCGUGCCGGAGACUAAAUAAUUUCACUCACUUUCCUCAGAGAU